AUGGCUUCCACAUCGGCGGAAAUGGAGCAAUUGACAUCAGGUGCAAGCAAUCGGAUAAUCCCGAUUUUGAAAACCCUUAGAAAGUGUAUUAUCUUCAUCCUCUCAAUCAUCGUAUCUCUUCUCCUCCUUCUCCGUCCUCGUCGCCGUGUUUCGCCUCUUCCAUCGCCGGAGGAAGCUAUUCCGGCUCCUUCGAGACGGUGGAGGCGGAAGAUGGCGUGGAAACUGGAGGAGGAAGAUACCGCUAGGCGUCGUUCGUUAGCUGAAGGCGUUGAGAUGGGUUUUGGUGUCGAAAUCCCUUGUCGUUGGAGCAGUUCUUUGUUCUACGGACGACGUGGUAACGCUUUGUUCUCUCGGUCGUGGUUGCCUCUUUCCGGUGAACUUAGGGGAAUUUUGAUUAUUAUACAUGGAUUGAAUGAACACAGUGGAAGAUAUUCUCAGUUUGCUAAGCAGCUGAAUUCGAGUAAUUUGGGUGUAUACGCCAUGGAUUGGAUUGGUCAUGGUGGGAGUGAUGGUUUACAUGGCUACGUUCCUUCUCUUGAUUAUGUCGUUUCCGACACAGAAGCUUUCUUGGAAAAGAUUAGGUCUGAGAAUCCGGGGAUCCCGUGCUUCCUCUUUGGUCACUCUACCGGUGGAGCUGUGGUCUUGAAGGCGGCUUCAUCUCCCUCUGUUGAAGAUAUGUUAGCCGGUAUUGUCCUAACAUCGCCUGCACUUCGUGUCAAACCCGCUCAUCCCAUUGUCGGGGCGAUAGCUCCAAUCUUCUCGCUGGUUGCUCCAAGGUUUCAAUUCAAAGGAGCGAACAAGAGAGGCAUUCCUGUCACAAGAGAUCCUGAAGCUCUCUUAGCCAAGUACUCUGACCCGUUGGUCUACACCGGUCCAAUAAGAGUCCGAACAGGCCAUGAGAUCCUCCGCAUAACAGCUUACUUGACCCGGAACUUCAAAUCUAUUACUGUGCCUUUCUUUGUUCUCCAUGGUACAGAUGACAAAGUCACUGAUCCACUAGCUUCACAAGACUUGUAUAACCAGGCACCAUCAGUGUUCAAAGAUAUCAAACUCUAUGAAGGUUUCUUACACGACCUUCUCUUUGAACCCGAGCGUGAGGAAGUUGGUCGUGAUAUCAUAGAUUGGAUGAUGAAACGGCUUGACGAUGUUAAUGGAUCAGCCGCAGCUGGCCUCUGGUAA